AUGAAACUCAAGGAAAUCCACCGCACAUCGACCUUUGCCUGGUCGCCCACGCCUGCGCUGCCGUUGCUGGCGACCGGCACUGUCGCGGGCGCACUCGACGAGUCCUUCAGCAACAACGGCCAGCUCGAAAUAUGGGCCCCGGAUUUCCUCGACCGCAAUCAGUACGACCUCGGAGGCGAGGGGCAAUCCGGUCCCAAAGGCUCUGUUACGACAACAUCACGAUUCAAUCGCCUCGCGUGGGGCUAUGUUAAUGGCGAACGUCCGGGCGGAGUCGUCGUCGCGGGCAUGGAGAACGGCGAGCUGGACAUUUGGGACCCGGACCAAAUAGUCGCGGGGGUCGACACCCCCAUCUUCCGCAACAAGACUCACACCGGCCCAGUGCGCGGUCUUGACUUUAACCCCACCACGCCUAACGUUGUUUCGUCCGGCUCCAUCGACGGCGAAAUCUACGUCUGGGAUCUCAAGGAUCCGAGCAAGCCCUACACCCCGGGUACGCGUUCCACCAAGCUCGACGAGAUCACCGCACUCGCAUGGAAUCACCAUGUUCAGUAUGCGCUCGCUGCGGCCAGCAACUCCGGCUACACGGUCGUCUGGGAUCUCCGUGGCAAGCGCGAAGUUGCGGCUUUGGCCUACGGCGGAGGAGCCGGGACGAUGGGUGGGAUGCAGGGCUUCGGUGCGCCUGGGAUCGCGGUGGGCGGACGGAGAGGCAUGAGCGAUGUUGCAUGGCACCCCGACAUCCCUACGCGUCUCGUCACUUCGUCGGAGGACGACGCUUCCCCCGUCAUCAUGGUCUGGGAUCUGCGCAAUGCCCGCGCACCAGAAAAGAUCCUCACCGGCCACGAGAAGGGCGUCCUAUCGCUUUCGUGGUGCAAGCAGGAUUCGGAUCUCCUCCUUUCUUGCGGCAAGGACAACCGCGCCCUCUGCUGGAACCCUCAGACGUCCGAGAUCAUCGGGGAGCUUCCUUCCGCCGACAACUGGGCUUUCCAGGUCGAUUGGUGCCCGCGCAACCCAGACCUUUUUGCCGCCGCAUUUUUCGAUGGCACCGUUGGCAUCCACUCCGUCCAGACGACCAACGAAGCGAACGAGCUCCCCGCGGUGGCUCCAGAGGUGGAUGCCAAUGACAUCUUCAAUGCCCCUGGCUUCUCUCGCGCGAACCAGGCCACUCUUUCCCUCAAACACCCCCCGAGGUGGCUGCGCCGCCCUGUUGCAAGCUCUUUCGGUUUCGGCGGCAAACUCACCACGAUUUCCAACCUCCCCUCGACCCAAGGCAAGAAUCAGAGCAGCGUUGUGCACAUCCGCAAGGUCGCCACCGAGACCACGAUUGUCGAGCGCGCCCAGAAGCUACAGUCCUCGGUCGACGCAGACGGUCUGCAGACCCUCGCGCAGGAGAAAACGACGACCGACGAGAGCUCUGCAACCUGGAAGGCACUACUCAGCUUGUUCAAUGCCAACUCUCGGGACGAGCUCAUCACCCUACUUGGCUUCUCGAAGGAGGAGAUCGCUGCCCGUGUCGCUGAGGCGGUUUCCAACCUCAAGAAGGCCGCGGCGGACCGGGCUAAUCUCGCUCUGGAAAAGGAGGAUGCUGAUGGUGAGAUGAAGGUGCACGAGCCCGUGGUGUCGUUUGUUGAGCCGGAACGGGAGGCCACACCGGAGGAGGAAGAGGAGGCUGAGGAAGAAGGUGAAAGCGCGUUGGGUGCGGAACAGACCCCCUCCGAGAUGAGCGCGGGUGCUGCGUCGGACAUGACGAACGCGACGCGCCAUGCAGAUGGCGAGUCGACCACGACCGUUCCGAGCAUCUUUGACGACGACAACCUCAUCGGUACUCCUCAAGGUGACGCUGCGGCCGAUUUCUUCGGAAGCAUCGGUACAGCUCGCAACGCGGAGGACGACAGCAUGCAGAUCCCCCACCACAACUACCCUCUUGACUCCUCCGUUGCCGCUACGAUUGGUUCACGCCCAUCCUCCGCCGCGUCGGAGAUGCUCAAGGACAUGACAUUCCGCAUCUACCCUAAUGACGAGUCGGAUACCGACCGCCUGGUUACGAAAGCGCUCGUUCUGGGCGACUUUGAGUCUGCGGUCUCUCUCUGUCUUUCCGCCGACCGGUUCGCCGACGCCAUCCUACUUGCAGUCAAGGGCGGCCCUGAGCUUCUGGCGCGCACCCAGAAGGCGUAUUUCGAGCGUCGCACCACUACAUUCCCCUACCUUCGCCUCUUCCAGUCGAUCGUCACCAAUGACCUUGACGACAUCGUCCAGAACGCGGACCUCCUGGAGUGGCAGGAGAUCUUUGUCGUCCGUCUCGAAUUCCAGUCCAACGUUGUCAAGUCUUCGGGUGCCCCUGACGCCGCUGUGAAGGGUACUGAGCUCCGCCGUCAUGCAACUCUCACCUACCUUGCCGCCGGUCGCCUGGAGCGCCUCGUCAACAUCUGGAUCGAGGAGCUUGCUGAGGAGGAGAAGCACCUCGUUUCUGACGCCAGUCUCGACGGUUCCCUUUACACUGCACAUGCACUUGCGCUGCAGACGUUCAUCGAGAAGGUCACUGUCUUCCGGAAAGCGAUCAACUACUCCGACGACGAUCUCACCCUCAAGGUCGAGGUCCCGACGCGGACUUACAAGCUCUCCGGCUUGUACGACCGUUACUUCGAGUAUGCGGACCUGCUCGCGUCACAAGGUCUCGUCGCUGAGUCGGUCGCGUUCCUUGACCUGGUGCCCAGCCGCUACAACGGUGCCCCUGGCUCCCCAUACGACUUCACCCUUGGCCGGGAUCGCCUUCUCAAGGGCGCUAACCAAGCGCCGGUUCGGACCGCCUCUCUCGGGGCUGUUCCCUCUGUUCCAGCAAAGACCGCGCCCGUCGCUUCCACGAGCACGCGCACCGUCGACGACCUCCAUAGCACAAACCCGUAUGGUGUCCCGCAGCAGUCUUACCAGCCCCAAGCGUCGUACCAGCAGCAUCACCAGCCCGCUCAGCCCGCGUACAACCCGUACCAGCGUGGUCCUGGUCAGCCUCAGGUCACCGUCCCGCCACCUCCUCCACCUGCGCGCGGCUCUACUCCCUCUGUCCCUCCUCUCGCGCCGCCUCCUUCCGGCCCACCGAAGCGCGACGCUGGUGGUUGGAACGACGCCCCAGCGAUGUCUGCACGUCGCACCCCCGCGAACGGCGGCCCGCCCAAGAAGUCCGCGAUCACCUCCCCCUUCCCGAAUGCCCCAUCGCCGGUGUCGAUGCCAUAUAGCCAGUCUCCUCCCCCCGGACAGAUGGCUCCGCCCCCGCGCCCCGGUAGCGUCCAGCAGCGUCCGCCUCCGCAGGGUCAACGCGGUCCCCCGCCCCCUGGUGCCACCUUCCCUCCCCAGGCCCGUCCUCCUUCCGUGAACCCUCCGCAGAUGGGCGUGCCCCCUCAGCGCAUUGCUCCCGGCCCCCCUCCGCAAGGGCCUCCCGGCCCGAAUAUGAUGCGCCCUCCCACGGGCCCCCUAUACGUCGGGAUGGGCCCCCCCGGGCAGACCCCGCCGCCGCCGCCGCCACACGGGCACAUGGCGUACGCCCCCCCGAGCGGGCCCCAGGCCCCAGGCCCAUAUGCGCCCCCGCCGGGCAGCAGCCGCAGUCAGGUCAUUACGGCUCCCCACUGGGACAGCAGCAGCAGCAGCAGCAGCAGCCUGGUCCAUAUGGGCCCCCACCAGGGCAGCAGCAGCAGCAGCAGCAGUUCGCGCCCCCGCAAGGUCCUGGUGCGCCGCCUAUGGGUGGUCCGCCUCCCGCGGGAGCCAGGGCCACCGGCCCCGAAGUAUCCGCCUGGUGACCGGAGUCACAUACCGGACGACCUCCGGCCGGUGUUCCAGGUGAUCUCUGGGCAGCUCGAGCAGCUGAAGCAGGUGACGCCCCCCCAGCAGCGCAGGCUGGUGGACGACCUCGAGCGGCGCAUCAACCCUCUCUUCGACGCGCUCAACUGUGAAACGCUGUCGAAGCCGGUUUGCGAGCAGCUCAUUGUUCUCUCGAGGGCUAUGGACGCGCACGAUCGGGACGCAUCGAUGGGGAUCCACAUCGACCUGCUCACGCGCGGCUCGCUCACCGACGACAUCGGCUUGUGGAUGUCGGGUAUCAAGCAGCUCAUCGUCCGUCUAUGA